AUGGAGAGGAGGAACGUUGCCGCUGUGUUGUACAAAGCUCAGGAUAUGAGGCUGGAGGAGAGACCAAUUCCUGAACCGAAGGCUGGAGAGGUGCUCCUUCGAGUGGGCAGCGUGGGUAUCUGUGGCUCUGACGUCCAUUACUGGUGGAAGGGCAGGACGGGAAGAUUCGUGGUGGAAUCUCCCCUCGUCCUGGGCCACGAGACCUCGGCUGCGGUGGUCACGUGCGGGCCGAGGGUCAAGCAUCUCCAGCCAGGAGACCGAGUGGCCAUCGAACCAGGCGUACCGUGUCGACGCUGCGAGCACUGCAAGGGCGGGCGUUAUAACGUCUGUCCUGGCGUGGAGUUCUGUGCGACGCCCCCUGUUGAUGGCACACUUACAGACUACUACGUUCACCCUGCUGAUUUCUGCUUUAAACUCCCCGAGCACGUGAGCGACGAGGAAGGAGCUCUACUGGAGCCCCUCGCGGUGGCAGUGUACUCCUGCAGGAGGGCUGAGGUCACCGCCGGCACCCAUGUCCUGAUCCUCGGAGCGGGACCGAUCGGUCUCGUGUCCCUCCUCGCCGCCAAGGCCAUGGGGGCGUCCGUCGUCUGCAUCACUGACAUCAACGACAGCCGCCUGAAUUUCGCCAAGAGCUUGGGAGCCGACGAAACCGUGAACGUGUCUGGAACGUGUCCCAAGGAAGCGGCUAUCAAGGUGUUGAGUCGGCCGGCGUUCAGACCGACAGCCAUCAUCGAGUGUUCGGGAGCGGAGAGUUCGUAUCAGCUGGGGAUCCUGGCCAGCGCUCCUCGCGGUGUCAUGGUAACGGUCGGACGCGGAAACUAUGACGUCACGGUCCCCCUGGUGGUCGGCGCCGCAAAAGAAAUGGACAUCCGGGGCAUCUUCAGAUAUGCCAACUGUUAUCCCGCCGCGCUGGCUAUGGUGUCCUCCGGGUUGGUGGAUGUGAAGCCCUUGGUGACCCACAGGUUCACCAUCCACGAGGUCCUGGAGGCUUUCCACGCAGCCAAGGACGGCGCCGCGAUCAAAGUUAUGAUUCGUGUUAACCAAGAGGAAUAAUGAAGCGACAGGGACGAGGGGAAACUUCUGAUGAUUGCCUAUGUUGAUGUGUAUUUUAUGUUGGUUAAUGGGCAGAUAAAUAUAUAUACACGCACUCCUCCCUCAUACAUAUAUAUAUUUAUAUAUAUAUGCAAAUAUAUAUGUAUAUAUAUAUAUACG